AUUAAACAAAUAUAGCAGACGACGAAAAAAUAUAUAACUAGGAAAACAUUUGAUUUAUUGGUGAGAAAGGUCUAUAAUUUUAAUUAGUGACGAUUAAUGUAAUACCGAACAUAUGGCUACAAAAACGUUACUCGAAUUGAGUUCUGGUGAGGAAUAAAUUGAGAAUUUAGAUCGUAGUCAGAUUAUUUAUCUAUACCCUAUAUCUUAGAACAUUCAGGAGCUUCAUCUAAAUUUCCUAUAGCCUGUCCAGAACACAUUAUAUUUUGUUUGGACGUGUGUCAGGAAAUGGAUCGUGAAACUUUUACAGUAAGAUCUGGAAGCACAUUCUCUCCUUUGAAUUUAGUCCGAAAAGCGAUUGCAAUAUUUAUGGAACAAAAAUCUUCAUGCAAUAAGAAUCAUAAAUAUUCCCUUGUCUUGGUUCACGAUGAGUGUAGCUGGAUGGUACCUUUUACAACACAACAUAAAGACAUCCUAAAUGCUAUAGACGAAAUACCAGAGUCGAAAGCACAUUUUGGGCAUUUCACUUUCGAUUGCUUAUUUAAACUUUUUAAAAAGCAUGUUAUUCUUCCGCAAUCUCCAGAUUCUACCGUUUAUCGUGCUAUCUUCAUAUACGGUCGAUCGAAUUGCAUGCUAAGAUCGCUAUGCGAUAGCCCUGAAAGAAAAGAAUUUUUGGAAUCUGCAAAUUUUUAUAUCGAUGCCAUUUAUAUACAUAAUAAAUUGGUUGAAAAUGCCGAAAAUAACAAAUGCGAAGAGAUUUAUCGAGAAUUAUGCGAUCUUGAUAAGGAAGGAAAAUACUAUAUCUUUGAAGUCAGCGGAAAUACAACAAAAUUCUUUACUAUUUUUGCUAAAUUAAUUGCACAUCCAAGGCAAAGGGCACAGGAAUCAAUCGCCUUCAAAAAGUCAAUUUUAGAUAUAACUUUGGAUGAAGAAGUUUAA